CAAAAAGAAAAUGAAAUGCGUGUUGCAUACACAUAUCAUUUAUUAUAAACGGGAAAAUGAAAUGUAAAUGGGAGUGGACUUAGAAGCAGGCACACAUUUUCAGCUGUAAGAACAAAAAGAUAAAAAGUGCUCUCAGGCCCAAAUAUCGAGGAAACUCAUCCUUUCAUCCCCUCUGACGCCGGUGAAGCUAUGACUCGCCGGCGUCGGAACUCUACAGAUCACUCUUACUUGCUGCUUGCAAUCCCUUCUUGGCAUCUAGCUCAAUCAUUGGGAAGCUUCUUUCUCUUUCAACCCUCCAUCAAACUUGCAAUCUGCUUUGGACAAACAAUGCUUAGUGGUGACAGAGGGGGGUUUUGGCCGACAUCUCUUCCUCAGUCUCAUAUUCUGCCCAUAACAUCUAUGAAGCAGCGUUUAACCCCAAAAUCAUCAUUGGCCUUCAAAACAGAUCCGCCAGCUACAAUCUGCACAAGCGACUGGGAGAAGUGGAUCUGGUUUUUUCCGGCGUUGGGUGUCUCAACUCCGAUCCUUGACCCGCCUUGCCGCAGCCGCCUUCAGCGCUUAUUCCCCUACCCAACCAAGGUUUAUCGCUCUCUCCCUCUGGUCAAGCCAGUCCGAAAUGGAGUUCCGAUCUUCUACAGUUGAUGGAUGUAGUUUCCAUCUGAAGUUCGAAUUGAACCCAUGGAACGGGUAUUGGCAAUGCAUCUAUGAAAUCCUGACACCAUAUGUUCUCCUCGUCAAGCUUCAUAAAGGCCUACUCUUGCUGAACCGCUAUCGACGUUAUGACUUUGGACAUCGAGUUUCUCUGCCCAGGUCUGAUCUUUAUAACCCUCUAUCAACCUCCAUCAUAAUACCUCUUAACUCUAGAUUGGCUGGUCUUGAAUCCUAUGCUAGAAGAGUAGUGGUCCCCCUUAGUUUGGUUGAUAUGUUAUUGUGUCGGGUUCGGAUGAAGGUGUGGAAAAGCAACGGCAUUAUGACCACACCUCCACAGAGUGUUGGUUACCGAUGCUUUAUCAACCAGUCACCUCUGUUUCCCCAGAAACUCAAGUCUGUAUUUGUGAAAAUAAGUUACUUUAGGGAAACAACGGCGUUAUUGACAAGAGUAAUGCUAAGGUUAUGUAGGGCUGAGACUAUCUACUAUGUUGCUAGUCAUGGUGACCAUCGAAGCUUCUUGUGCUGUGUUUUGUCUGUACUGGUCGGGUCGUGGAUGGUCUUACCUAGAUCCGUUAAUGAUAUUGUGAUAUCCAACUCACCUUCUCUAGUUCCGAUCAUAUCUGCUUGGUCAAGUCGAGGAUUCCUCGGUAGCAGUAUAUUGUGCUCUGCAGAAUGGUCUGAGAUAUAUCAUUGUCAAAUCCAGUCGGUUAGCAGUGUUUGGGUCUCUUUAUUGCUGAACUCUAAUCUGGAACUUGAUCCAACAAGCUGCGUGAAUCUGAAGCGUACAAUCAUGGUCCCCAUUUGUCACAUAUCACCGAAAGAUAGGAAGCUAGGGUCUGCUAUUAUAAAUCAGGGUCAAACCGGCUGCAAGCUUUGUGUGAAACUCCUCAACGUCCAUGGCCAUGAGCUUCAUGUGAGGGAGGACUCACCUGCUUUGCUACGGUUUGACACCCAACUCUUUCGAUCCCCAGUUGAAGCUCCUUCUAGAGAUAUAAGUUUCAAUCUUAAAGUGUGGAAUGACGUUGCUCCAACUACUUUAUCUCUAAUGUUGGCGAUACACCCAUCUAGUGCUACCGCUGUCACAUCCUUUUUUCAAAGCUCGAUUGCGUUAACCGCUACAGCUACUUAUGACUACUUGGUGGUCAAGGAUUUCGUGAAGCUUGUCUUCAUGGUCGAAUCCACCUUGGUUCCAACAGAUUCUCUUGAAGAACUCAUGGAGCUCUUAUCCCUUUUCUCCUUUGAUUAUCUUGUUGUAUGCUAUAAGAACUCACCUCUUUAUGAGGAUCUGAUUUGAAUGAAAGGUUAACUUGUUUGACAAAAA